CUUUGUUCAAAUCAAGAUAGCAUUUCAUUCUGCUUUGGGUUUGUUCUCUCCAGUGAUCCAUGAAUCUAUAUAAUAUCUCUUUCUAGAUUCAUAAUUUACUCAUUCUAAUAGGUGAUUGUGGUGCAUUGAUUCUGAGAGUGUUUGUGAGCUGUGUGAUGUUUCAUCUGACUGCAAAGAACAUCUUUAUCCAUUAACAGCCAUUCAAAAAUGUAAUGAUUUGCCUCUUCUGUAUUAUCAGCACAAGGAAGACAUGAGUGUAUUUUAUAAACAAAAAGAUCAACAAGAGUAAAUCAACUUUACUAAAUAAUUACCAGGAAUAAAAAAGGAAUAAAGUGCAUAAGAAAUACUUAUAUAUAAUAACAUAUUUGUUUGGGCUAGUCCACCAAGAUCCAAUCAAAAUGUAGCCAACCUUUCUCUACUGUUGUAACCUGCCAUAAACUGGGCCUGGAAUGAGCUGUUCACUACAAAAUACCCAUGUAGUCUGAAGAAAUACACUGCAAGGAAAUAUGCGAUCACAAUGGAAAGAAUUGAGGGAUUAUGGCUCAAAACGUGGACAUGAAGUAUUUUGUUCUUGUUUGUAAACUGCAGGUUAAAAGGACAAAGACAUCAGCAAGUUUCUUUAGUGUCUCUCUCAAACUAAUGAAAACUGAACACGUCCAGGUAUGCCCUCCUCGCCACACUAUUAAACCCUAUCCAGAUUAGUCCCCUUGAGAUUUCAAUGAGUUUUACAUGCUGACUCAAUAAUGGCAUCAAUCAGAACCAGACAGCAUAAAAAUACCAAACAAUUAUGAUACAUUAAAGCAUAACAGUAACACUAAUUAAAUGUGUAAUCAAAUGUAAAGUAUAACAUCAUGGUAAAGUCUUUUGAACGAUCAUCAGAUGAUGACUGAGUGACAGCAGCUCCAUCAGUAGAACUGCUUGGAAAGUAGAGUUUCAUUGAAAUGAUGAAAUUUUUGUUGCUGAAAUUGUUACAAGUUUUGAAAUAAAUUUAUCUUUUGAUUCCCCCAGAGAUGAUAAAGCAGGUUGCAAAACAAAAUGAAAUGGUCAAAAUGUUCCUCCUCCUUUUUUAUUUUUUUAUUUUGUAAAUGCCUGAUACAGAGGAGGAGCCUGACAAUCAGAAAGAUAUUUAAAGAUGCAUCUGUUGCCUGAACAUUCACAGAUACGGAGCAAAUCCCACUGAAUCCUCUGAGCUGAACCUCUGAAGAAACUUCUCAAACAUGAUUGUGUUGCUGUGUUUGUCCGCGGUGUUUCCCGUGUUGAUGGGGACUGAAGUGGUCAACUCUAAUUGCUUUCUUGCCACUGACUGCUCUGAUGUUUAUUCAAGUGGGAAAAAUGACAGUGGCGUGUACACCGUCUCCUCAAUAGAUGGACCGGUGCAGAUCUACUGUGACAUGAUCCCCAAUGGAGAAAAUCACAGCAAAGGCCACUGGACGGUGAUUGUCAGGCGAAUGGACGGCGAGGUGAAUUUCUACAGGCCAUGGGACAGUUAUAAACGGGGUUUUGGUAAUAAAGAAGGAGAAUACUGGCUGGGUUUAGAGUUUAUUCACCUGCUGACACGCAGGAAUCGGUAUAAACUGAGAGUAGAUCUGGAGGACUUUGAUGGGACGAAGGCUUACGCUGUGUACGAGUCCUUCUCUGUGGAUUCUGAGUCUGAUGGGUACAAACUGCAUGUCAGCGGCUUUGUAAAUGGAGGAGCAGGUGACUCUUUGACUUACCAAAAUGGAAUGAAGUUCUCCACCUUUGACAAAGACCAAGACCUUUCAAGCAGUAACUGUGCUUUAACAUACUCUAUGGGAGGGUUUUGGUACAACAAUUGUGAUCACACAAACCCCACUGGUCUGUAUUUGUGGGGGAAAGAGGGUAGCGCUUCGGUUAUUUCGACCAACUGGUACCACUGGAAGAACAACUAUAAAUCUCUGAAGGCCAUCACCAUGAAGAUCACACGUGUGAUGUAGACCAGGGGUUACAAAUGCUUCACGACUGCAGCUUGUGCACAUAUAUCCACCACUAUUAUGCAUUCAUGUGGAUCUUUCUUAAAAUAUGGUGACCAGCAUGUCCCAUCAGCUUUCAGUGAGGGAAAAUUGCACAUAAAAUAAUCAUUUGACCUCAAUUGUCCUUUUAAAUAAAAAUGCAUUGAAAUUGGGUUCAUGACUUUUCUACAUGCUUUGUGUGCUUGGAUUUUGAAGCAAUAAAGGUUUAUUCUCAAAGCAA